AUGAACCUCUUCAGAAGGACGUUCCGAACGGAGAGCGGAAUGUGCGGCAGAGAAUUGAUUGAUUGGAAAGUCCACCAGGGCAACCUACAUGAGUUGGCUUGUGCCUUUUUGGACAAAGGGGACUUUGGCUCUGUGUUCUGGCCGGAUGAUCAGGCCUCCGAGUUCUACAACGAGUUGCAGUACUCAGUUCACCAUGAAACGAUAAAAGACACAAUCCAACAACUCUUCUUCCGCCUAAACCGUCAGGAAUCCAACAAUAUCAAGUAUAAAGGCAAGCGAAAGCUUCAGGCAGAUAAAGAUGUCGAGCAGGGCCCCCCAAAAGUCAGCAGCAUUGCGACUCAGCCUGUCAAGCGUCAGAAAGUCGCAUUGGAAAACUCAAAGGUGCCGGCGCCUACUGAACGACCAGCCCACACGACAGGCAAGAAACGCGUCGCAGCCCUGUCUUUCAAGAUUAGUGGGCCAGGACUCAAGAUUGAGCAAAUGCUGCGCGAUGGCGAGGAGGAACGAUUCGAACACACGAAAGCUUUCAUCAACGAAAAGGUGCAGGAGCUUUACAACGACCGAUUCAAGUCUAUUCCAAUCUUUCGUAUUGAGGUCGAACCAAUACAGACCUAG